AUGGUGCAGGAAACGCUCCAAAGCCGAGUUGCUCCAGCCAUGGGAGCAUCAUUUGGAGCCUUGGGCGCGGAGAUUGGCUUCGCCACCCGUGGGGUGAACAACUUGGAGCAGGAAGUGAGGGCCUUGAAGCUUCGCGCAUGGACCGAAAGGGACCUUUUGUCCUCACAGGUCGAGCAGGCCAAAUGCACCAUCGUGUGCCGCAACUUUCCUGAGUGGUCAACCUCACAGGACAGAGAAGUCGCCAUCAAGCACGCCCUCACAGAAGCCGGACUGCACAUUGAGGGAGGCCCGCAACACGGGGAGCUCACCACCCAGAGUUUGGUUGGAGAUGCUUGUCAGCGGUCUCCAUCCUCACAGAAUGGAGCAAAGGCGGAUAUGUACAUCAAGCUGGCCCCUGGAGUUACGCAAUUUGAAAGGCGACUUGGAGCCCCACUUUGCGGCCUGAUGAAUGCCUACCAGCAGUCGCUCGCAAAGUACAGCAAGGAGCCACUGGUCCCUCGCUGGAAGACGCUGCUUUUGGAGGAUUCGCAAGGAGCUUGGUUGGGUAGAAUCAAGUACGCGCGCCGCGUCUCCACAGAAACCAGUUCCUUUGGAGCCAUUGCAGACUGGAAGUGUGCAGUGCAAAUCCCCGCGGAGCAUUCGGAUAAACUGCUGGAAUGCUGGAAAAAAUCAUGGAAUCAGCGGCUUCGCGCACAGGUCUCACAGUCGGAGGUUGAGAAUGAGGCCAUGGAGAAUGCUGCAGCCUCCACAGCUUCCAACUACAUGCAUGCCAAGCGCCUCUGUCGAUUUCUGACUAAGGCAAGUCCAACAUACUCCACAGGAGAAGAGCAGGGCAUCCAAAACUGGGUUGCCAGAUUCAAGUACGAGUUUCCCUGGCCAGUGGAGUUUGAAAAAUUGGAAGCCUCGCAUUCUGAUCGUUUGCAUUUCAAGCAUCUUCGCAGCACAGAUGAGUUAAUGCAGUCUAUGGCAGACAGUGCUCAUGAAAGCACGGCCACGGAAGGUGAAUCCCUUCACAAUGUGGCAGGAGAGGGGGAAGCCUUGGAUGAAGCUGUCACAGAUCACAGGGCAUACUGGAUAUGGCAAGGCCAGGAUCCUCAGAAGUACACUCUUGAGGAGUGA